CUGUGCCCGGGGCGCCCGCGGAGCCUCCGCCGCGCUCUAUGCGCCUCUGCGGGAGCCGCGGGCCCGGGCCAUGGCCAUAGACCGGCGACGCGAGGCGGCGGGCGGCGGGCCUGGGCGGCAGCUGGCCCCGACCGAGGAGAACGGCUCCCUGCCUCCCGGGGACGCGGCGGCCUCGGCGCCCCUCGGGGGACGCGCGGGCCUCGGCGGCGGCGCGGAAAUCCAGCCGCUGCCCCCACUGCAUCCUGGAGGCGGCCCGCACCCUAGCUGCUGCUCGGCGGCAGCGGCCCCGAGCCUCUUGUUGCUGGACUAUGACGGGUCGGUGCUGCCCUUCCUCGGGGGCCUGGGCGGGGGCUACCAGAAGACCCUCGUGCUGCUCACCUGGAUCCCGGCGCUGUUCAUCGGCUUCAGCCAGUUCUCGGACUCGUUCCUCCUGGACCAGCCCAACUUCUGGUGUCGCGGGGCAGGCAAAGGCACCGAGCUGGCGGGGGUCACCACCUCAGGCCGGUGGGGAGACAUGGGCAACUGGACCAGCCUCCCCACCACCCCCUUCUCCACUGUCCCCUGGGAGGCCGCGGGCAACCGGAGCAACAGCAGCGGUGCGGACGGAGGCUACACACCACCCCUGCCAUCCCCUCCGGACAAGGGGGACAACGCCUCCAACUGCGACUGCCACGCGUGGGACUACGGCAUCCGCGCCGGCCUCGUCCAGAACGUGGUCAGCAAGUGGGAUCUUGUGUGUGAUAAUGCCUGGAAGGUCCAUAUCGCUAAGUUCUCCUUACUGGUUGGAUUAAUCUUUGGCUACCUAAUAACUGGAUGCAUUGCUGACUGGGUCGGCCGGCGGCCUGUGCUGCUGUUUUCCAUCAUCUUCAUUCUGAUCUUUGGACUGACUGUGGCACUGUCAGUGAAUGUGACAAUGUUCAGCACACUCAGGUUCUUUGAAGGAUUUUGCCUGGCUGGAAUAAUCCUCACCUUGUAUGCAUUACGAAUAGAGCUGUGCCCCCCUGGAAAACGGUUCAUGAUUACGAUGGUGGCGAGCUUCGUGGCCAUGGCGGGACAGUUCCUCAUGCCUGGGCUAGCUGCCCUGUGCCGGGACUGGCAGGUGCUGCAGGCCCUCAUCAUCUGCCCCUUCCUGCUCAUGCUGCUGUACUGGUCGAUAUUCCCCGAGUCCCUCCGGUGGCUAAUGGCUACCCAGCAGUUUGAGUCUGCCAAGAGGCUGAUCCUCCACUUCACACAGAAGAACUGCGUGAGCCCUGAGAGCGACAUCAAGGGCGUGAUGCCAGAGCUGGAGAAGGAGCUUUCCCGGAGGCCCAAGAAAGUCUGCAUCGUGAAGGUGGUGGGGACGCGGAACCUGUGGAAGAACAUUGUGGUCCUAUGUGUGAACUCACUGACGGGGUACGGGAUCCACCACUGCUUCGCCAGGAGCAUGAUGGGCCAUGAGGUGAAGGUGCCGCUGCUGGAGAACUUCUACGCCGACUACUACACCACAGCCAGCAUCGCGCUGGUGUCCUGCCUGGCCAUGUGCCUCGUGGUCCGGUUCCUCGGGCGCCGGGGAGGGCUGCUGCUCUUCAUGAUCCUCACCGCCCUGGCCUCGCUCCUGCAGCUCGGGCUCCUCAACUUGAUUGGAAAGUACAGCCAGCACCCAGACUCAGGUGAGUCCCAAGCACAUGGGCUGUGCGUCCUCUUCUUGUAUUGCAUCCAAACGGGCGUUUUCUGGAAGACUCACGGACCUGUGGUUUCCAUUUCCUCUCUUUCUCCCCCUUGCCCUCCAAGAACUGCAGCUGAAGUUGGCCGGAUGAGUGACAGCGUCAAGGACAAAUUCUCCAUCGCGUUUUCCAUCGUGGGCAUGUUUGCCUCCCAUGCAGUGGGGAGCCUCAGCGUGUUCUUCUGUGCGGAGAUCACCCCCACGGUGAUAAGAUGUGGCGGGCUGGGGCUGGUGCUGGCCAGCGCAGGCUUCGGCAUGCUGACGGCACCCAUCAUCGAGCUGCACAACCAGAAAGGCUACUUCCUGCACCACAUCAUCUUUGCCUGCUGCACGCUCAUCUGCAUCAUCUGCAUCCUCCUGCUGCCCGAGAGCAGGGACCAGAACCUGCCUGAGAACAUUUCCAAUGGGGAGCACUACACACGCCAGCCACUGCUGCCGCACAAGAAGGGGGAGCAGCCACUGCUGCUCACCAAUGCUGAGCUCAAGGACUACUCGGGCCUCCACGACGCCGCAGCCGCGGGGGACACGCUGCCUGAGGGUGCCACAGCCAAUGGCAUGAAGGCCAUGUAGCCGGGCCUGCAGAAACUGGGGCUCAAGGAUCUGGGGCAGCUUGGACACAGGUUUACAGACCGGGGACCGAACACAUGGCCAGGGGUGGGAAAGCUGCCCCACCCAAGCUGAGCCCCUCAAGUGGUGUGGGGAAAUCCUGUCUUUCCAAAAGUCCAAGGAGCACAGGUCGGAGGAGACAAACUCUUUGGAAGUAACCCUUCCAAGACUUUCUUUUCUGCCAUUAAAUGUUUGUAUUUAUUUUGGUCAUUUUUACAAGAAGCACUUUAUUCCCUCUCCCUCUCACUGAUCACAGGUGGCAUCACCUCCUUCGGCAGCGAGACACAGGCACUCUGGGAAGAUGCUACAGUGAUCACGGCCGUGGCCCGCCCCUCUCCAGAGAUGGGACGCGGCUCCUCGCAGCACCCAGGAGCCAGAUGUUACCUCGGCCAUCAGGAACCCCCGACGCCGCCUGCCUGUGUGCAGAAGCAGGACGUGACCGUGGAGCGUUUCCAGGACUGCAUUUUAGACAGAGUGAAAUGUACAUGAAUUAGGCUUUUGCUAGAGAGUCUGUGAUGGUUUUUUAAGGUCCUUUUUCCCUUUCUGUUUGUAAGGUAAGAGCUUCUGUUCCAUGUGCAGGAGAAAACAGCCCCCAGACACCAUUAAAACCAGCUUCACCUUUCCUUCAGGAUCAUCCUUUUGUACUUGAUGCUGAAAGCUCUUGGAGAAAAAGCUUAAACAUUUCACCAGAAAUCUUAACCGAGCAGCAGUCACAUCGCCACAGCUUUGUGAGUACACAGCUAACAGAUGCGUCGAGGCCUGAGCUGUGCUCGUUUUUAUUCCUCCUCUCCCAGACUGGCUCCAGCAGAACAGCGCUCGUGCACAGCCAGCCCUUGUGCCAGCACUACUUGAAAACAUGGCUCCUUUCAAAGCUACAAACAGUAGAAAAAUAACUCAAAAAGAUGGUGGAGGCAAAUCCACAGAAGCGGGGCUGCCCUCCCACACACACCCAUCACCCACACCUCGAGCACACACCACGAAGAUCACCAGCUUAGAUGGCCGUCACCUCAGACAUCACUCCAGGAAGCACCUGCAGGAGCUGGGCCCCCUCACGCCUGCCUUCCUGGGCCGGCUUCCUGCUUUUAGUCAUUCGCUCAGCACAGAGACAGGAAUUCGGGCAGGGAGCCAAGAUUGAAUCCUCAUAGGUGAGUACAAAUGACCUCCAGCCUCUCAAAGGCACCAAUACAAAUUGAGAGAAAGCAAUAACUCACCAAAGCUCAACGCUGCCCCUGCCGCGAUCUCCAAGGGUUUCUUCGUGUUCCUCGUUUCGCCCCAGAAAGUGAAGGUUUCCUCUUGGCAUUUUCAGAGGAAUCAUGCAGGACACCCAGGGCCGCUAAGAGACAGCCUCCUUGGUAAAGGCAGGCACCACUUUACAGCAACUUGGGCACCAGCUUUUCUGGACAGCCUGGCUUCUGACUGGAAUUGUUCAAUUCACCCCUUCUCAAAGUAUGUCUUUGCCGUGGGCUGUGUCCAUCCAGGGAAAUUGUGGUCUCAGGCCUAGGUGAGACAAUGAACUGACUUCCGACAGUUGCUAAAAUUCACAGGGCAGAAAAGGGGUUGACUUUCUCCCCUUCCAGCUUUCCACCUGGCCUGCUUCUUGCUGUCUCCACCCGUGUCUCCACAUCCGGUCCGCACAUCAGUAGGAGCCUAGUGAUAUGUAAAGACACAGCAAGAGGCAAGCAGACUCACGGCCACGUGUUUCCAGUGGCUGGGCCAUGCCAACACCUGGGGUCUUGAGACGCCCAGGAAGGGGGCUGUCUGGCCAGCCUCUCCCCACCUCCCCUUUCUCCACGUCCAGCUCCUCCUCACCUUCCCUCUUUUUUAAAGUCACAUUUCCAUGUCUCAACAUUAGUUUGCAUUCACCUAUACAAAGGCCUUUCUUUAGAUCUGUGCAGGCUUUGCGUGCCAAAUCUGUGAAAUUCCUUUUACCUUUUUUGGAGUACUUGCUACAAAGCUACCUGUCAACAAAUCCCAUUAUGCACAGAAUAGGACCUGUCCAGCAGCCAGGCCAGUAGGCAGUUGGGGAAGCAGGGAAGGUGGGAAGGGUCCCGCGAGGCCCCCAAGCCUGCACCUGGACGUGUGUACGCCUGCACCUGGACGUGUGUACGUCUGCACCCAUCGCCCUCAGCACCAGGCCACCCUGCAGUCCACUUGCUGUAUUGUGGAAGGACUUGCUAAGUGAUGGAAGUUGCAAGCAGUCGCAUACUGGUCAUGCAAAUAGUUUUUUUAGAAACUGAAGCGGGAGAGUGUUGCCAGAAGUCUCUAGGAAGGUGGUGGCAAGGUACAGCACUCUACUCUUCCGGUCGUGGUCUCUGAUCUCCACCUCAAAUGACAAUAAAAAACCUCCAACGAAGGUCCAACGAAGACAGUACUCAGCACUUCAGCCAUCAGGAUUAAUCCAUCAGUGACUGGAAAAGAGGCUAGCUUUAGGCCUGGGCUCUUGGGACCAGAGUCCAGCGGGUGUGAGGCUGACUUGCCGACGGUCAGCGGGUUACGUCUCUCAGACGGCAAGGCAGUCCCACAGCUCUCCUCCCAGUGCAGCCUCGGGAGGAGGCUGGGUGCCUGUUCUGUUGCAGCUUCAGCCUAGGGAUAUCUGAGGCUGCCAAGGAACACCUUUAUGAAAUGUUACCGGAGCAGCAACACUUCUUUGUGGGCACAGACCCAGGAAAUCUGGUACCAAGUGAGCAAGGCGGCAGGGCCCACGCAGGCCUGACACGCGUCUAGGCCACCGGGCUCUGCAGGGGAGGCUGCUACAGCCGCCUGCUUCCCAGCAGUCUGUCACGCUUGAGCCCCUCAGUCCUGUUCCCUUCCUGGCUAAUAGAGAGACCCUUCUCAGGCACCCAGCGUUGCAAUUUGGCCCUCCCACCCCCUGCUACUCUCCUCCACACACCCCUGCCUUCUACCAGCCUACCUGUCAGCCUUUCAAUAAAAGUUAUGCACAAUUGUGAACACCUGACAUGGAGCUGAACAUUUCUUCACUUCUUUUCCUGAAGUCAAACUCUUAUCAAAUACUCUAAUUAUUACCACCCAAGACAAACAGGAAAAAGGGUUAAAUGUUUUUGUUUACUGACAGUAAGAUCACCUGCAUCUGGACGGGCUGGUAAGAUGGUUUGGCUACAGAACAGAAAAAAAAAAAAAAAAAAAAAAAAGAAACCUCCUAAGGGAAGGGAAGUAUCGCACUCAAGACACCACCACUUCCUAGAGCCAAACGAGCAAUCCCGAACUGUGCGUGCCAUAAGUGAGCCUGUGACAUCACAACGCCCGGCCCAAGUGCCGCACGCGCGGGGAGGCCCGCACUCCCACUGUCCUCUUGUCUGGAAGGCACCGCCUCACUUCCAUGUGCCCUGUGUGUUUUUGGAAAAGCAGCAUGGUGUGUCCUGUCUAGCUGCCAACACUUCCCUCCCUGUCCUGAGGUUGUAACAUAGUAACUGUGUUUCUGUACGUGUGGGUGGGGAUUCUCUGAAGGUGCUGCUUCAUAGCACAAGCUUACACUGAGUUCUGAACUGUCCUUCACAGCUGCGUGUCUGCAUGGUGUCGCAUCUGUUGUACCUUUGGGGAAAAUUUGUAUGUAAAUGUACAGAAAUAAAAAUGUUGCCCCAUUAACAGAUUUCCUCUGGAAUGUCUUCCCUACCUCACCUGAUGAUGGUAUCCAACGAAGGGCAUUUCACUACCACUGAUGAGUAAUAAAGUCCUCCGUGUUCAUUCAGACCUCACUGCAUCACUACUUUUAACGCCUCUGUAAGCUGUGUCUUCACUCGCCCCGAGGUGGGUGGAGGGAGGCAGCUCACUCUGCUUCGAGUCCUGGUCUUAAAGGUAGUCAGAGGCAGAGGCUGGAUUAAACACACACUGUUUACCGAGUGCCACUCUCAGACCACCUGAGAGAUGGGGGCCAUCAGUAAAAUUAAGAGGAAUUUUUUUCCCUUGUUCAUUUAUGUUCUGCUGAUCCGUGGUCUGAAGGUUCCUAGAGACGUCUCAAGAAUGAGUAUCUUACACUGUGAUUCUGUGAGGAAAGACUGGUAACCCAAAACUCUCUUCUCUAAUGUAGUAUUUUUUAACAAAAAUGACAAUAUUUCUUUAAUAAAGUAUUUAUACCAAA